UAUUUAGUACAUUAGUAUGGAGUUUAUCAGAAUAGUCGCUUAUGACGUCACCUGGUUACACUGUUGAUGGCAACGAGGAGAGGAAGUGAAGGCGCCCUGCACUGGAGUUUUAAUGAGUUUAAUUCGGGCUUAAACAUGGACCCUGAGUGUUUAGAUGCGGGGAUAAACAUCGACCACCAGCAGCCUGAUCAAAACACUGAGCUGAAAACAAGUGACGUUUACAGUGUGAAUGAAAAUCUGCCAAAACGUUUCAAUAAUCCUGACUGUUUUAAAGGCUACAGUAAGAAGACGGUCCAUCCGCUGUACCAAACAACCAACCAGAUAUACGGCAGCAGAAAACCUACAGUUCAUGAAAUGCCAACAACCUUUCAUGGAAGUUGGCACAAGUUUUCAGACCAUAUCCUGAAAACUGGACUGUUGCGAGAUAACGGUUUCAACACAUCACUGGACAAGAGUCGAAUCAUUGGGCCAAAUACCAUCAACAGGCUCCAGGACAGAAUCAGCUUUCAUCGUUUAUACCACGCUAGAGUAAACAAUCAAGCAGAAACUAACAUAAUUUGA